CGUGUCCCCUGCGUGACGUUCUCGCGAGCCUUUAUUUCCGCCGACCGGGUUUUGUACGUCGUCGCUAGGAGCAGCAAGGUAGUGAAGACGCGCGCGCAGACGCCCUUCCUGAGGCCUGACGGGACGGCGAGAGGCCCACCGCGCGCGAGGCCAAGAUGUCAGAAGAUCUUGCAAAACAGUUAGCCAGCUAUAAAGCUCAGCUCCAACAAGUUGAAGCUGCAUUGACUGGAAAUGGAGAUAAUGAAGAUCUACUGAAACUAAAGAAAGACCUACAGGAAGUGAUAGAAUUAACCAAAGACCUCCUUUCAACACAACCUUCAGAAACUCUUGCAAGUUCUGAUAGCUCCGCUUCAGUUCUGCCCAGUCACACUUGGAAAGUUGGAGACCGAUGUAUGGCAAUAUGGAGUGAAGAUGGACAGUGUUAUGAAGCGGAAAUUGAAGAGAUAGAUGAAGAGAAUGGUACUGCUGCAGUCACCUUUUCGGGAUAUGGCAAUGCUGAAGUCACACCCCUGCUCAAUCUGAAACCUGUGGAAGAAGGAAGGAAAACAAAAGAAGACAGUGGCAACAAGCCCAUGUCUAAGAAAGAAAUGAUUGCUCAGCAACGAGAAUAUAAAAAGAAGAAAGCUUUGAAAAAGGCCCAGCGAAUCAAAGAAUUGGAACAGGAACGAGAGGAUCAGAAAGUCAAAUGGCAGCAGUUCAACAACAGAGCAUAUUCGAAAAACAAAAAAGGGCAGGUAAAGCGAAGCAUCUUUGCUUCUCCUGAGAGCGUAACAGGCAAGGUUGGAGUUGGGACAUGUGGAAUUGCAGACAAACCCAUGACACAGUAUCAAGAUACAUCCAAGUACAAUGUCAGACAUUUGAUGCCCCAGUAAUUGAACAGGAAAUGGCUGAGCAUCACCUCUGCAGGGCUUUACAUUUACCUUUUUAUUGUUAUAUUUUUCUAAAAGUAAACUAUUGGCGCGUAGUGAAAAUGGUGGUUGCCAUGACUUGGCUUAUGCUGGUACAAGCCUUAAGUAAACAAUCGCUAUUCAGAUGACCCCUUUACUGUUACAAAACUUUCUUUGCAUAAAUGUGCACAAGUCAGAUGUGGGUGGAAGAAAUGCCCUUUUUGUUAUAGUGAAGCCUAGAAUGUCUUCACUUGGGCAUUUGGUAAGAAUACCAUCAAACAAAUGCUUGUGUAAUAAAAUAGUUACCCCAGUUUUCUUACCCCCUUUUAUGUGCAUAUAGUCCUGUCAUCUUGUUGCAUGGACAAAUGUUGAGUGCUUUUUAUCACAGUGGAGCUGGUCCAGCUACGGGAGAUUUACCUGGAUUUCAUCCUAGUUUGAAUGCAAGACUAAAUAUAUAUUGAGAACAGCUCACACUUGCUUCCUUGGCUUGCACAAUUCUAAUGAAUCUGGCCCAAACACACUCCAAUUAUUCAUGAGCCCAAAACCAUGCCAUUUGACUUUUAAGGUAACAGGUUGCAUGUGCAGGGCAGGAAGCAUUGAGCAAAUGUUCUUCCUUACCAGUGGAACCAGUGGUCCAGUAUUGGCUGGCCUUGGUUGCCACCUGAAAUUUGUGCUGCCUGCAGAGCCAGCUACCCUUCUAGAGGGGAAAGAGAGAACUUCGUCUGUGACAUCAUAUUAAGCUUCAGAGGUACUCUGAACUCCUCCAGAGCUCAGCAUGACUACAGAAGCAUGCCUGUGCCUUGCUCCCUCAGCUCUAAGCUGGGUGUUGAGGGGACAAGGAAAUGGGAACUUGUGUCUCCUGCAUUGAAUCUCAGAGAAGCUUGGAAAGCUGUGAGAUGCCUUGCUGCUUUCCAAGCCUUUCCAAAAUCAGUGGAAGUUCUGGGAGAUUAUGUUGCCCUCUCUUUGGCUUAGGCGAAGGGUAGAAAACUCCCCCAGGUCUUGGGCUGAGAUUGGAAAGUUAUAAGACAUCUGCUUUCCAAGCUUCUCUGAGGAUAAUUGUAAGUGAAGGAGAUUCCCCUAAUAUUCUCAGAAACCUGGACUCUGUUGAAUACAGCAUGAGGUCUUGCAGAUUCCCCUGGCCUCCUCCCAACUCCAGCGAAGGCUGGGUGAUCUUGCCAGAAUAAAAAAUGUGCUCACAAUGGCAAGCUGGAGAAUGCAUUUAUGGACCCCUGAGCAGAACACUUUUGAUUAGAACGUCUGCAGAAUGUGACCAUGGGCUGAGUUAGAUACUUCCCAGAAUAUACUAGCACUUGUAAGUGUUGGGAGGGUUAAAUGAUACAUUUUGAAAUACUAAUUUCCACUAGGGAAAUUGUGAGUUCCUCAAUGCAUUUGUUGUAUUGAUAAACACCAAGUCACCAGCAUUGUGCUGAAUCAACUUUAUGGCUUUUCCAGCAGCUUAAAUGCAACAGGUGGUUUCUCUCAUAAGAGUGUUUAACUUCAACUACAUUAGUAUUGCUGAGCCACCUUGAUUUUUAUUUGAAAAACCAUGUGUAAAAGUCCUGGCCUUUUUGUAAGUUGCAGAUGCAAUUGCUUCCCUCUGCCAUACGUAUUGCUUAGGGUAGUAGUGCCAUCUUUCAAUCUUGAAAUGUGUUUGAAGCAAAAUGUUCAUGUAUAGCCCUGUAUACAGUGUAGAUAAUUAUUUUUGUAAAAUAUGGGGUUAAGUUAAUGAACAAGACUGGAUUUAGUUAUUUCUUCUACUAUAUAAUUCAAGAGUAUUUCUUGCUCAUUAAACUGAACUCUGUUCCCCAUGUAUAUUAUGUUGUUGUAGUACCCUUUUGUAAUUUGUUUUCUGAAUUUAAAAAAAAAAAGAGGAUCAGGUACCGCCCACAUUUGUUGAUGCACUGAUUGGUGAAAAUGUCUGUCAGUUUACCUGAGUCUGCAAUCUCUAUCUAGUAGGUUAGAAUCCAUCCAUAGAGAAAAGUUCUUCCUGUUAACAGAAGGAGGAGGCAAUUUUUAUGACUGUGUUAAUUUCAGUUUUGUAUGUUUAACUUUUAUUAAAAUAAAGUGAUCAAAACCUCUUG